AUGUCAACUACUGCUGCCGAAACAACCAUCCCUGCCACCAAUGUGGAGACUGGAUCUGAAAUCUCAGGCCCUGCUAUUGUUACUGGACCUAUUAGAACGUCCCAUAAUCCAGAUACUACUGUCUUUAUUGGUAAUGUUGCUCAUGAAACUACCAAGGAAGAACUGGAAAACGUCUUCGAAGCUGAAUACCCAGAUGUCAGAGUCGAGAUGCCUGUAAAGGAACAUACCGGUGCCCACGUCUCAGCUAGUAAGCAUGCAUUUGCCAUUUUCCCAACAACUAUCGAUUUCGAUGCCAUUAAGGAAAAGUAUGAUACCACUACCCUUCAUGAAAGAGAAAUCCAUAUUAAGAGAGUAAGAAACCUUGAACCAAGAAGGGGUGGAUUCAGAGGCGGAAGAGGCGGCUUCAGAGGUAGAGGUGCCUUCAGAGGUGGAAGAGGUGGUUUCAAUGGAGGUGCAUCUCGUCCAUUCCAAAAGAAGGAAAAGAUACCUUUGGAUCAAAUGGAGAGAUCAAAGGAUACUUUGUACGUGAAUAACUUGCCAUACAGUGCUACAAAAGAAGAAUUGGCUGAAUUAUUUGGUACCAAACCAGAAUUGGUCGUUCUCCCAAAAAGAAGAAUGAGAGAUGAAACUACAAAGAAAGUAGUCUUUUCAGAAACAUUGAAUAGAGGUAUUGCAUUUAUUACUUUUGAAAAUCUAAGUGGUGAUAUUGCCGAUAAACGUGAAGAAUUUCAAGGUAAGACUCUGGAGGAAAGAGAAUUGGUUGUGGACGUUGCUGUUGUUAAACCAAAGCGUGAGGAACAUGUUGAAGAAGCUCACCCUGAUGCUGAGGAAUCCCACGAGGAAGCACAAACUGAAAACGAAUAG